AUGGGCGGCGUCGGAGUGUCGUUAUCGGAGAUCAUCGAGGUACGAGGAUGUGGCCUGACAGACGAGGAGCUGCUGGCUCUGGUCAUCAUCGGAUGCGAAGUGUUGGCGCGCACGCCGCCUGGACUGGCAGCCGCUGGAGGAGUGUCCGAUUCAUUACGUAUGAGCAUAGGUAAUGAGCGGGAGUUGGAGUGUCGUGUUGUGGAGUUCGUAGAAGUCUCUCUUCAGCAGCCAGUGAUGAGUAAGGAACUCAAGGCGCUUUCACAGAUUUCGAUGACAGAAUCGUAA